AUGCAGGUCCAGUCGGUCCCGCUCGGCUCCGUCACCAUCGGACCGGAGUCUUGGCGCGAUGGGACGGUCCGCUCCAUCCGACGUGCGCAGCGCUUGGUCCGGCAGACUCGGGCCGGUCGGUCGGGGAGCUGCAGCCGGCCCCGGAGCUGCAGCGCCGCUCCUGGUUUCACCCCAAAGCGCACAGAUGACACCGCAGAAAUAACCGAAGAUAAGAUCACAGGGGAGGAAUGUGGAAGGAGUCGUGACUCCAUCUGCAACAAUAAGAUGUCGAGGCCCCAGACUACAGGAGCGGUGCUUCCUCUUAAUGGCACCCAGAGGACACCUGUUGCCCCGUUCCCACCUUCCAGCUUGCGUGAGCAGUGUGCAGGGGCCAGUGUUGCCAUGGCAGGUGAGUACAUGCGCAGGGUGCGGGAGGUGGAAGGCCAGCUGCGCAGACAGGCGGGCAGGGUGACCCAGGAGGGCAUCAAACUGGAGAGGGAGAGGGGUCAUUUGGAGAGGAUGCUCCGCAGCCUCAGGGCUGAUCUGACGGUGAACAGGAGGAGCUCUGAAGGAAGGACCAGAAGGCCUUCCACUGUGGAGACGGAGAGAGAUGGUGCUGAUUACUUGCUGACUUGUGAGAAAGGAGAGCUGGCCGAGUUGAAACAGGAUCUGGAGGGAGCACUGAGAAACACACUGACCCAGCUACAGGCUCUGGGUCAGAGUAGCAGACAGCUGCUUAACUGUGCCAGUGAGAGGGCUCGUGUCCUGGAGCUGCUGCCUCACAGCGGCUCUGCUGGAGGACAUGGCACCGCUGUUCAGAUCUUCGCCAAGACGCAUCCCGUCAGCCCCUUUACACCAGAAUGUAAACAGGUUUUGGAGAGGUCCACUUUAACAGUCAACCAAUCGCAGCAACUGAGGAUAAAUAUCAGACAGAUGCUUACCAGCGCUAUCACUAGGCAGAAAGAUGUUCAUCGUACUGUCAAUGACGGCCUGGUGAAGAAAAUUGCAGAGACAGUCAGUCUGCAGCAAAACUUGACUUUGGCGUCUGCAGCAACCAAGCAGGCAAUGUUUCGCAAGCAGAGGGAAAUCAACUGUAUUCGCCACAGCCACGACAGAGCGCAGGGUCCUGAGUACAGCGGUGACAUACUGUCCAGAGAAAAACUGAACAGACCUCUGGUGCAGGUUUACCACAGACACCCGGGGACGCAGUUACCUGAGGCUGCUCAGCUCAUACAGGGCAGUGCAGUUCUGAGACGAUGUCUUAUGUCCUCUGAGGGCGAGCUGUUGCACCUACAGCGUGCUUGUUUGCACCUGCUGGACAACCUACAUAGCAAGAGAGCAGCAGCUCAGGUGGACGCAGCCGUCGUCCGCAUGAGGCGUCAGCAGGUGGACAAGCGAGCCAUGCCCACUUUCCUCCAGCAGGGGGCAGGCCGAAGCCAACUCUCCAUGUCUUGUGUUCAGUAG